AUGUCGCGCCAAAUGAUAUUUCUCAAAUACUCAGCAAUAUGUUAUUGUCUUUUUGUGGCCAUUUUAUUCCCCACUUCACUCAUUGGUCGCCAUUUUAAUAUGGCCGAUACCAAACCACACUUAAAACCCCGACCCGUUUCGUGUUUUUUUUUCACCUUUUUCUGUCUUUGUUUUUCCUUUUCUCUCAAUCUUUCUUUCUGUUUUUGUUUGUUUGUUUUUCCCUUCAGUUUAUCAUGUCUUUUCGCUCUCAAACUUUCUAUUAUCGCCUCUGCUUUACUGUUUCUCUAUCAGCCUCGAUUUUUAUUCUAUUAUUACUUCUUUCUAACUUUACUCCUUCUUUUUCUUUCUCUUUUUAAUGCUUCACCCCACUCUCUCUCUCUCUCUCUCUCUCUCUCUCUAUCUAUCUAUCUAUCUAUCUAUCUAUCUAUGUUCAUUAUCUAUCUAUCUAUCUAUUUAUCUAUCUCAUUUAUUUUCUUAAGAACAUUUUUUAUCAUAGCCUUUUAUCCUUUCUUUUUGGUCCGCUUCUUUCUUUUUUCAUGUUUUUUUUUCAUAUAUUUUUCUUCAUUCCUCCCUCCUCUUCACAUUUUUACUCAUCUUUUUUAUUUGAUUAAUUUUCUUAUUCCUGUUUUCUUAUUUUCUCUGUCUUUCUCUACGUUUCAUUGCAUACAAAAAACUACACCACCGCCGCCACCACCAUUAUUCUUGUCUCCAUUCCUUUCGCCUCGUCUUUUCGGGUCGUGCAAGCCCAGCGGAAUGUUAAUUGCUACCACUUGGUUUAUUCAAGCCCAGCUGCUUUCUUCACCGACCAUCAAUCAACUGAGUCCUGCUCUUCUCUCAUUACGAAGAUGUUUUUGCGCUUUUUUUUCUUUUUCUAUUCUGAUGACACGUUCUAAUCAUUCCGAGAAAUACAAAAAUCUAUUUCUUUCUUUCUUUCCUUCUUUCUUUCUUUCUUUCUUUCUUUCUUUCUUUCUAUCAUUUUAUUUAUUUUUUCUCUUACUCGUUCUUUCUUUCUUUCUUUCUUUCUUAUUUUUCUUAUUUUUCUUUUCAUUCACUUUUUAUUUAUUUUUUCUUUUACGUUUUCCUCCAUUUUAUUUUAUUUCGUAUUUUCUCUUCUUUUUUGAUCGACAUUUAGACUUUUAUUUAAUCUUACUUGAUUUGUUUCUCUCUAAAUUUAUUCUUUUUUUAUAUUUUGGACAGAAGAAUUUCCUUUCAUAUAUUUCCAUCCUUAUUUACACACGGUAUAUUUGUUUCCUCGAUCUACCUUACAUUUUUGUUUUCCUCUAUCUAUCCUCCAUUUUUUCUUUCUGUUUGUUAAACAUUCUCCGCUGUUCGUUUCAAACUUCUCCAAUAUAUUUAUUUCUGACGUUAAAUUUAUUUACUGAUUCGUUUAUUUUCCUACUUUGUUGGAAUUUUUUUACUUUUUUUGUGGGAAUUAUCUUUUUCGGUUCUUUUUUCCAAAUUAUUAACAGCUUUUUUUAUUUGUUUUCUUCCUUCGUUUAG